AUGAUAGCAUCAUCUGGCUGUCCUGAGCGGUCCCUGUCCGUAGCCGAAUCGAGCUUGUACAGGGAAGUUUUUGGACAUGGUUCAACUCCUCAGGAACGUAUUGAUCUUGUCAAUGACAUACUCGCAGUCGAUUCGGACUUGGAUUCUUUAGUGAAGGAAUACUAUGGCAACUUCGAAAAGACCUUUGAGUUCUGUACUGCCCUUAAGGAUUGCCUCGAACGCGCUCGAAACAAUCAUGGAAUUAUUGAGUCGGCGGUUAAGUUUUAUGAUGAAGAGGACAAAUUAGAAGUCGAGACCAAUGAGAAGAAAUCCGUUAAGGCCUUGAAGGAACUGAGGAGGUUCAAAGCAGCUGAAGAGCCUUUUGUUGAGGAGCUUCUUGUACUGAAAGGAGCGGCCCGUAGGCGGCAGGAAUCGAUGCAAGGGGAGUUGCGUGCUCGGAGGGGAACGCUCAAAAAGAAAUUGGAAUCACUGGAAACAUGGCGGAGGGUGUGGGAUGCCUUGUUUGUUGCUGCUUUCAUAUCUGCGUUGGUUUUUUCCGUGGUGGCGGCAGCCUUGUCCGUGAAGCCUGUAGUGACUGCUUUGGCUAGUGCGUUGACGGUUGCUAUAGCUCCGGCCUGGAAAAGGUGCGAUGAGCAUUGGAAUCGGAACGAGGCAAAGGUGAAAAGGCAGAAGAAAUUAACAAAUGCAAUGGAGUUCUUUGCUCCUUGUACAAUCAAAAUAUGGGUGGGUGUUGAGCGAUUGGAAAUUGAGAUCACGUCACUGAUGAGGACCAUUGAUUUCGUGCUCGGAGAAGAAUAUGUGUUGAAGUUCGCAAUGGAUGAGAUCAACGAAAACUCGAUACAUAUUGCGAAAACCGUCACGGAUUUGCUUUGGGAGGCUGAUAACUGUGGCUGUAAUAUUAGGACGAAUUGGGAUAUGAUUUUGUGGCAGAUGAUAGACAAUCCUUGGGAACUCUAG